AUGCCACCAUUUCCGGUUCACAGUGAAUUCAGCGAAAAGGGAUUAGAUAUAAUUACGCAAGUUGGCAUCUGGAAACGUGCAAACGAGAACUACUUGGUUGGAGGUUGUACUUCUUCGCAAGGAACCUAUACAUUGACUAAUCUGGAAAACCCUAAUAAUCUCAAUAAACCUACUGUCCUAGGUCCUGAUGCCGCCGUCGUCCUUAAAACCAGGUGGGAUACUUUAUCAGUUGAAGAUAAAGGCGAAAAUUUUCCCAAUUUCUCCAAAUUUUAUUGUUGA